CCCCCAAGGACCCCCAGCCUCAGCAUGACCUCAGUUUGGGGGGUAAUACGAUCAACUGCACACUUGACUGGGACAUCCAACCAUUAUAGUACAGUUUACCUGGUCUUGAGUCCCUGUUUGAAGUACAUUCUAGUUUCAUAGUCAAGCUUUAAGACCUUCAUACUUCAGCUUGCUUCAGUAGACCAUAUUCUCAGGUUUGGGAAUAUGAAUUCCAGUAUAAGAAUACUGUUCACUCUGCACAAAGGAGGGGAGGAACAAAGAGUUACUAGAGGACCAGCAGUUCAUUAUUGCCUUGGGGCCUUGAGCAGGUGAUUUAAGAUGAGUGGUAUGAAGAUGGAUGUUAUUACAGAACAUGUAACCCAGUGCAACACUAUGGCUUUUAUGUGUUUUAAUAGUUUUUGGACAAUAAUGGAUCUGAAUAGCGCAUCAUGGGAUUUGUUGAUGAUGAUGAUGAUAAACUAAUGUCAGCAUUAUCCUGUGAACUAUAAUGGGUCUGCAUUGUGAUUACAGAGAAGUCAUGUGGCUCAGGACUUGUAGAGGUAGCAUCUCGAGGCUAUAGCUACACACACAUACACACACUUGAACAUACAGUACUUAGGGGGGUAGUUUCUGUGGGUUAACCCUCGGUCAUUGGUUUUAGGAAGUGCGAACAAGCUUGUUUGCAUGCCAUUGUAUAAAGAGAGCUGUGUCUUAUGACAAGGUGGUGAUGGUGGUUAAACAUACGUUUUUAGGUCUCAUGAGUGGUGUUAUAGUAAGACCAGUACCCUCUCCUUUGACCUCCACCAGCCUGCUGGAUCCCACUGACACACAAAUCAACAUCAAAGUACAAGAGCCUUGUGAGCAUCAUGCAAACUAUCUGUGCCAACUAAUGAAGAUUAUGCAACAGUAUGAGCUCUGAUUGCUCAUGCGCCAUAGCAACAGCUGCAUAGCAACAACCUGCUAAAUGCAAAUUGACUCAUUAUGUUGUACUGAAACAUCUAUCAGACUAACUUUAACUAUCUGGUGUGUUUGUGACCAGGUUGGGCAUGGCUCCUGAGUGAUUUACUUGUCGCUUCUAAUGAUCUAAAGAAACAUUAUUGUGAACAGCCAGUUUUUCCCCUGUAGCAUCAUGGGAAGUCAUGAGUUAGUGUAGCAUCCUUUCUUACAGCCUGUUGUUAUGGCUGUAUAGUGUUUAUCCCUUUCCUCCUCCGUCUUCUCUGUAGCUCUGCCCAGGUGCUACCUGAUCAGUGAGCUGCACCUGGAUAUGAAUGAGGUUCCUAAAACCUCCUGUACCAGCAUCAGGAGCGUGGGACUGCUGGACCGCUGGACUCACUGCCUCUCAGCUUGGUUUAUUUCAUUUUUUGUUCUUGUUGUUUUGAUAUGUCUUAAUGUUGAUACAUCCCAUGGAUUUGGUUGUUAUUUAAUUCUGUGUGUGUGAUGUGGUGGAGUGGUGGACUGUUGUGCGCCCCAUAGGGCUGCCCAAGGGUGGGGCGUGUCACUGUUCAGGAGCGAUAAGGCCUAUCAAGGAUGCUCACCAAGUUGUUUGCUUUUAUGAGUCAUGUGACCUCUUAGCUAAGUGGGACUAGCUAGCAUCUGCAUCUGGAAUAUGUCUCUCGGCUCUGCUGCUGUGUGGCUUUCUGGGAAUGUAGGAGUGUUUAUUUUCUGUAGUGGGAGAGGGAUUUUCUCUGCUGCCCAACAGUGAGAGUGACUGAGAAAGUGAGGGAAGAGAAGGAGGGAACUGUUGAGAAAGGGGAAGGAAGCUGGCCUAUAUAAAGAGCGCGAUUGGGGCAAGAGGAAAGAUGUGAAAACACAUCUGUUUCCUACUUUACUCUGUGCAGUGACAGAAGCCACCUUGUGUGUAAGCAGAGUGUGUGUAUGCAGGUGUAAACCCAUUGUUUCUGAAUCGUCUGCCUGUGCAUGUGAGCUUGUGUGUGUGUGGGACCAUGUCGGGUUUUGCAGUGCGACGCUGCCUCACCUUCACCACGGGUCUGGUGGAGUGUCUGUGUUUUGCUGGAGCUGUGUUCGGCUGGGCUUCACUUGUUUUCGUCCUGAAGACAGAGGGCUACUUCAGUUCUCUGUGUGUCAAUGCCACAGGAGUCAACGGGACGCAGGUCUUGGAUUGCAGUGGACAGGAUGAACAGUUCUCACUGGUCUUCACCAUCGCCUCCUUUAUGAACAAUUUCCUGACGCUGCCCAAUGGUUUUCUCUUUGACCGGUUUGGCACUACAGUGGCUCGGCUCUUUGGAAUAUCCCUUUACACCUCGGGUACUUUGAUGGUGGCCUUCUCCACUUCAGCUCUGUCCAACGUUCUCUUCCCAGCUCUCUCCCUCCUGGCAGUUGGUGGCAUCUUGUUCCUGAUUACUAACAUGCAGGUUGGAAACCUGUUCGGCUCACAUCGCUCCACCAUCAUCACUCUUUAUAACGGGGCCUUCGACUCUUCCUCAGCACUCUUUCUCGUCAUCAAGCUGUUACAUGAGUCUGGUAUCUCUCUCCGGGCCUCCUUCCUCUUUCUGUCGGCCUGUAGCGGCAUUCACCUGCUCAGGACUUUCUUCUUGAUGCCCAGAAAGUUCAUUCCUUACCCGGUGCCUGAUCACUACACAUACGGAAUAACCUGUGGUAAAUCAAAGACUCUGAGCUCCAAGGUGGCAGCGAAUGGAAACUCACAGAGCACGACAGAGGAAACACCACUCGACCAACACACCUCUGUCAAACAAGAGAAGAGUUUCCGUGAGUGUUUGCUGUCCAGGUUCUUUGUGUGGCACCUGCUCUGGUUGUCGGUGAUGCAGCUCAGACAUUACCUGUUCAUCGGUACCCUCAACCCCAUGCUGCACAGGCUGACAGCAGGAGAGCCCUCGCUGGUGAGCCAGUACAUCAAUGCCUUUGCCAUCACCCAGCUGUGUGGGGUGCUGUGCGCCCCCUGGAACGGACUCAUCAUGGACAGACACAAGGGAAAACCCCGUGCUGCGGGAGAGACUGAACAGGAGGCAGACCUGCGGGCCUCAGUGCUUUCUCUCUUCCUGACGGCGCUGCAGUGUUUGCUGUUCUCAGUUUGUGCCUCCACCCCGUACCUGCCGCUUCAGUACCUCACCUUCAUCCUGCAGGUGCUCAACCGCUCCUUCCUUUACGGCGGCAACGCAGCCUUCAUCAGCGUGGCUUUCCCAUCCUGUCACUUUGGGAAGCUGUACGGUCUGGUCAUGGCUCUGUCUGCAGUGUUUUCAUUGCUGCAGUAUCCCUGCUUCGCUCUGGUGAAAGAAGUUCUGGGUGGAGAUCCUUUAUAUGUGAACGUCGGCCUGACGGUGCUCAGCCUUCUCGCCUUCAUCCAUCCCCUCUCUGUCUACCUGCACUGUCGACGUCUCGCCUCCCAGCGAAGCAAAGACCUCACUGCUUCCUCUUAAAGUCUGUAAAAUAUGACCAAUGACUUACUCUCAAGGUUUCCCUUACCUCACCAGUGACACUUUUACCUCUUCAGUUUGUGUUUUUACGGCUGUGUUGCCUCAUGUGGAACGUAACGUUGAGUGCUUGUAGAUACAUUUCAGAUCGGAGUAAAGUGUAAUUUAGGGUACAGUCAUAGUGCAUUCUCCACACUCUUUAGAUGUUCACAGCCUUCAGUAUAACCUCACGCUCUUGUGGGAUUUCUAGGAUAUAUCAUGUUAUUUUCAUUGUGUGAUCUGAUGCAUAAUUCAGAUCUUCUUCUACAAGUCCAGCUUUAGGGGCUGUUAGCUUUGUCUGUCUUAUUUUGUUUUGUUUUUUUUGUUUUUUUACAGUUGAAGUUGCUCUAAUUCUAAUUUCCUAAAAUUGUGACAUGUCAUGUUUCUUACUUUAUGCCAGCUUAUACUGUAUUCAUUCCAUUUUUUGUAUUCUGUGUAAUGCUAGCCACCUAUCACAUCAUGACUGCGGUGGCUUCAGAGUGCCAGAAGAUAACGCACUUUAUUGUAAAAAGCUGAAAACAUUACAGAUAACAUUUAUAUUAGUGCAGACCUCUUCAGGUUUCUCUAUCUGUACAUCAUUAAAUCUUAAAAACAGAGUAAAGGAAUAACAGUGUGGCAGUGUGGUUAGUGUAUAAGGGACAUUUGGGAGAACAAUAGUCUUCAAUGUGCACCAUGUAAAAAGAUAACUCAGGCUAAUCUUUGGACAUGAAAACUCUCAGUGAAGUCCCUUUAUCAGGACAAAGGUACUGUUUGUUUGCCAACUGAUGUCUCUGCAGUGAUCACUUCACUAAGUGAGUUCAUUCAGAUUCAUCAGUGCAGCUUGGCAUCACUGCUCUGUUAUGGGAAUGGAGAGGGAACACAGCUCUGCCCUCUGCUGGACUCUCAGUGAAGCUGUUAGAUACUGACUAAAGUAAGAUGAUGAAGUUUGGUUUGUUUCCAGUAUAUGAAGUCUCAGGUGUUUGGUGUCUUUGUGUAGCUCAGCAGCAGAAGUUGGCAUCAAGGAUUGUGUUUUUGUGCCAUAACUACUUUUUGACAUUUAAAGGACUAUAAAGGGACAUAUGUCAUAUACAUUCUUUUAAGUUUUCUUUGGCCUGUUGUCUGUUUACAUUGAUUGUGUAUUUUUCUCAAGUGUCAAAAUUGAACAUGUUGAAAUGUAACUUUAAAUAUGCAAAGUCCUCAUUGUGCUGCACCAAAUGAAAUGUACCUUUUUAUAUCAACUGCAGUUGAGUAGUUAAGGGCAUUGUUACUUUCUGAUCUUUACUUUUGCCCAAAUAAAUGUUUCAGUUUGCAACUAUUGUGAGAGAAAUGAUGUACAUGGGAGCAGCUGCCUGUUACAGGUGGUAGAGAAAAUAUAACUGUAAUCUAUUAAACAGAAAAGACUAUGAAUGAAAUGACUCUAGUGAUCAUGUUUUACACCUUGUCACACAAGUAUCUUACUAGAUUAAAAUAAACAAAGUGAUAUUUAAUGGCUGAACCCUGAA